CGCGCGCGCGGCUGAAGCGCGUGCAUGAUCGCAGAUCUGAUCAUCAUCUGCGCGUCACCGACUCUCUUCAUCAGGGGUCCGGUUGUAAGAGCCGUUAUGGGGCGUAAGGAGAUUGUCUGCAGCUGGAAGAAAAGCACCGAUAACAUCAAAGACAUCUUUGAUUUCAAAGAAGUUCUGGGAUCGGGCUCAUUUUCUGUGGUCUACCUGGUGAGAGAGAGAAAGACUGGGAACUUCUAUGCCCUGAAAUGUGUGAAGAAAAAACAGUUACAUCAUUCAAACUUGGAGAAUGAGAUCAAAGUGUUGAGGAGGAUAAAACAUAGUAAUGUGGUGAGGCUGGAAGAUUUCUACGAAACCAGAACACACUAUUAUCUGGUCAUGGAACUGGUGUCCGGUGGAGAGCUGUUUGACCGUAUUCUGGAGCGAGGUUCUUAUACAGAGAAAGAUGCCAGUUGUGUGAUCAAACAGGUCCUGGAGGCCGUUUCCUAUCUGCAUCAGAACAGCAUCGUCCACAGAGACCUGAAGCCUGAGAACCUGUUGUACUACAGUCCAGACAAGAACGCCAAGAUCAUGAUCAGUGACUUCGGCCUUUCCAAGAUGUCUGACGUGAUGUCAACAGCCUGUGGAACGCCGGGAUACGUGGCUCCUGAAGUUCUGGCACAGAAACCGUACAGUAAAGCUGUCGACUGCUGGUCCAUCGGUGUCAUUACAUACAUCCUGUUGUGCGGCUACCCGCCAUUUUAUGAAGAGAAAGAAACACGUCUUUUCUCCAAAAUAAUGAAGGCAGAAUAUACGUUUCACUCGCCGUACUGGGAUGACAUCUCUGAAUCAGCGAAAGACUUCAUCAAACACAUGCUGGAGAAAAGCCCACAUAAACGCUUCACCACAGAUCAAGCGCUCGCUCACCCAUGGAUCAUUGGAGACACGGCGCAUAAUGACAACAUUUAUCAGUCUGUGUGUGAACAGAUGCAGAAGAACUUUGCCAGAUCUAAAUGGAAGAAAGCCAUUAAUGCGUCAGUAGUGGUGAGUCACAUGCGACGGCUUCAGCUUGCUCACACUGACCCAGCGGUUCCCGAGGUGCCGCCGCUCAUCGCGGUUCUGGAUGUGUCGUCGCCUGGACCGCCCUCUGACGAGUUCAACACCAACGGAAACCCUUCCUGCAGUCACAUGGGCCUGGCGCCUCACAGUGAUGUCAUCAGGGGGUGUGGCCCGCUCAAGGCCUGUAACAGCGUGCCUAUAAACACGCUGGUCGUCACGGAGACGGGACAACAUGCAUAUCACUCAGAGUCCGAGCUGCCCUGCGCCGCUCACGGAUCAGAGAGAAUGACACAUGGUAUAGAUGGGCGUGGACGGUCCCUGCAGACUGGAGUCUGCUCUGUGAUGUAAUCAGCUGACUGUUGAUUGACAGCUGUCACUCAAUUUAAAUUGUCCUGCUGUUGUUGGAUGAUGAAGAUGUUGUGUGAGUUUCUCUGGGGGUCCCACGACUGAAGGACUCGCUACCUGAAUUGAGAGCUGUGCGAGUGCCAACCGCACACACACACACACACACACACACACACACACACACACACACACACACACACACACACACACACACUCUCUCUCCUGUGAAUAUGUCGUUUGUAUGUAUUCAGGAGACUGUGAAUAUAAUUUCACUCAGGAAUUCAGUCUGAUGCAGCGUUGAGACCGUCGGCUGUUUAUUUUCAUAUUUCUGCUGUUCAUAUUCAUGUAGAAUAUUCAUAUUUGGGCUUAUCUUGGGAAGACUUGGCAUGCUGUGAUUCACAUGUGAUGUCGGAUCAUACUGGAUGUGCCACUGUUACACUGUAAUACUUUCUUUAUUGAAACAAAGACUUGCACUCAUUGAUAUAAUCUUGAGAUGUUUAUAUGAUAUUAUAUGAUAUGAAUGUAGUCUUAUUCAAAUAAAAGUGAAUUUAGGGGCUUAUUAAAGUGUUAAGACACACCUCUGCUGUAACC